AUUUAAAAUAGAAUCAUUGUAUGACUGUUAUAAAUUUGUUACUCGUUAUUUGUAUAAAUGUAUUAAUAACUAUUUUGUUAUUCAUUUUUCAGAAUGUCUGGAAAUCCUAUAGGUACAGCAAGGAGGAGAUCUUCCUCCUCAGGAUCACAAGGGCAACACAAUCUUAAUCACCCGCAGCUGUUUACUAACAGUGGCAUAGCUUCGGAUAUACAGCAAACGAUUGAUCCAUUAAUGGAUUAUAAUUUUGCACCCGAUCAUGAGAACGAGGGCCCUUCAUCCUCAAUGGGGAAAAAAGGAUGGAGCAGGAAUUUAAAAGGAAUACGCCCUCCAGAAAAUAGAGACAACAAGAAAUGGGCACUUUACUGGGAUGAGAAGUUGAAAUUGGACGAGAACUCAACCUAUGUCCCAUGUUGGAUCCCAACUCAUAUAUGGCCUCAGCCGCUGACAUAUUGGGACUUUGAUGAAUAUAAGAGGCUCAGUGCAAGGGGAGCAAAGAAUAAGAGCUCUGGGGAAAGGAUGACUCACACCACUGGGUCCAUUAGCUUUGGCAUCCAUGAGAUGCGGAUGGUGGUGUGCAACCUCCCCAUCAAGAGAAAUUCAAGGAGACACACCUUCAGAAAAAAGGCGGGAAAGGAUCAAGAGCUGGCGUGGAUCAAUGAAAAAGCAAAGCAUCGAUAUGUAAAGUGCACAGAGAGUCAUGGCUCUAAUGUUAGUUCGUGGCCACGCAUGGAUAACGAGGCAUGGGUUAAGGCUGUUGGAGGUUGCUCAUCUAAUUUCAUGCCAGGGAUUGGCUCCCAAGUAAAUCCAGAGAUGCGGGCCAAUAUGACACAAGCUCAGAAUAAUAUGAGCCAAAUAAUUGCACAGUCUAUUGCAGCAGCUCUAGCAAUUCAUGGCAUCUUUCCUCAGGCAGGUCAUCAUCUAGUUGCCCCACCACAGUCGUCACAUGGUCCUGGCUCAAUUCUUCGCAUGAAUUCAACUUUUACCUACUCCAUUGAUUCUACACAAACCUUUCCUAUGGUUCCUGAAUAUCAACAGCAGCAACAGCAGUUUCUACCUCGAGAUGAUGAUGCAUACCAUCUUGUUUUUGAUCCAGACUAUUAGGGUCCUUAGUUUUUUUUUUUUUUUUUUUCUACUACACACAUUAUCUGCACACUUUGCAUGGUUGGCUUUAUUUCUGUUAGUACUUUAAACUAUUAGCUUUAGCUUUUCAUUACGAUAUCUUUUCUUAUUUUGCUUGCUCUCCAGUGAUCAUACUUCAAAAGGUAUGAAGUUUUGGACUGCUUUGGAGGUUAAUUAUUAUUAACUGAAUAUUGUGGGCAUUUAAGACAAUGGUGUGUGAUUGCCAUACUUUGUGGUUGUGGUUGUGGUUAUGGUUAUGGUUGAAAAGGUAUAAUUGUUUUUAGCAUGCUAGACUUGUAGAAUAUAUGUGUUUUUCAUUG